CAGUGUGUGUCUGACUUCUGACCGAGAAGUGUGUGAAUUCUACCCACUCCAUUAUAUUUCAAAAAUAUUAUCUUAAUUUUAAUAAAAAAUGAAGCUAUUACCCGUAUUAGCCAUUUGCGGUUUAGUUUUAGUGUCUGUAGUAGAAAGCAAGGACCUUAUAGUGGGUACAAAUCUCAGUAAUAGACUUAUUUGGCAGCACAAGGUUGAAUAUAAUUCCAUUCCACUCAAGAAAAGGGUAAAAGAAGAAUUCUUCUCUGAUCCUGGACAACAAAUUAUAAAGGGUAUAAUAGCAAGGGAUUUGGACCAUACUGACUCCUCCGCCACCAUCACGGCAGGGGGUGUGGGGUAUUCCUACGUCAACUUGAGAUUCAAGAGUGAACGGGGAUCCGGGUUGAACUAUCAAGUGGAGGUUUACGCUUGACGAUAAUAAUUAAAAAAGAAAUAUUGUAACGUGUACUUGAUGGUAAACAAAACAAUUAUAAAUAAUAAAAUCUUGUUAAAAUGUUAUUUGGAGUUUUUAGGAUGAAUAUGACUUUAAACUGUUAUUUCAUUCAUAAUUUGAAAUUAAAAACCUUACAAGUAAUGCACAACAAAUCUUUUGUUACAAUUCUAUGGUAAUAUA